AGGCAGCACGGUCUCCUCGGCUCCCUGCCCUCACCCGGGCGAAGGUCUUGUUGAUGGAUGCUCCUUGGAAAAGGGAAACGAUGGCCUCCCGGAGCCCUUGGGGGCCCAGAAGGCUCUCUGUGCCGGUCCUGGCGGGUGCCGGUGCCGCAUCCUCGCCCCAUUCUCACUUCUGGAGCCAAGUGGCGGAGGAGAAGAAGGUCUUCUGCCCCCAGGACAGUGUGAAAAUAUUACGCCUCACGCUCCAGAAUGACCUCCCUGGCGACAGGCGUGACCCAGUGAAGCAGAAGCCGGUGGGAAGGGCCUUUGCGAUGGUGGCCAACCGGCCCACGGGCAGCCACACCUUGGCUUCGGAGUGCGUCAAGUCCAGCGAGGGGGAUGAAGAGAUCAUCAAGGUGUACCUGAAAGCCCGGGCAGAGGACAAGACGAAGAAUGAGAAGAGCCCCCACCGACUGAAAAGUGAUGGCGGUGAGAGCCAAGAGUUGACUUCGGGAAAAAAGAACGGGAUCCAUCCAUACAGAACCACCUCGUAUCGGAGUCUGUCUGCAGGAGAGGAGGAACCGUCCUGUCACGGAGAAGACAUCCGAAUCAUGCGCGAGACGACUAAGAGGCUUUUCUCCAAGCUGCAGGAGGCAGAGAAGCGGCAUCAGUCGGAUCGGGCCGCGUACGAGACGUCCAUCUCUCACUACCGGAGGGAAGCAGAGCAGUCGGGUGCCGCUCUGCGACAGGCAGAACUGGAUCUGGCAGAGAAGGAUCUCAAAGUGGAAGAAGUCCAGCGGCUUCUCUCGGGGAUGGAGAAGGAGCACCGGAGCCUGCUGCAGAAGAUGAAAGACAGCGAAUCCGAGCUGGAGGAGCUGAGGAAGCUUCGGAGCGAACAAGCUGCCGAGCAGGAAAGGUCUUCCAAACUUGAAAAGGAAGUAGCCACUUUGCGGGAGAAAAUCCACCACCUGGACGACAUGCUGAAGAGCCAGCAGCGCAAAGUGCGGCAGAUGAUAGAGCAGCUUCAAAACUCCAAGACGGUCAUUCAAUCCAAGGACGCCAUUAUUCAGGAACUCAAAGAGCGAGUGGCUUACCUGGAGGCCGAGAACCUGGAGAUGCACGAUCGAAUGGAGCACCUCAUCGAAAACCAAACCAACUCUAGCGGGUACAAUACCAGGCCCCGCUCCAAAUCGGAUUACAUGAGCAGCAACAAAAAGAUUACCAAAGCUCUUGGGCCCAAACCUUUGCCUCUUAUUCGAGUGGUGGAAACAUGAACAGACUCCCCCCAUCUGCCUCCUCCCGUCCCAUGAAAGGUUUGGCUUCGGAGUAGAAGAAACUCAUCCCACCUUGCUAAACGCUUGGCUUCAGCCAGCAACCUCAGCCGCUGUGCCGUGGCCUCUUGGCGCUCCAAAAGACUGCCGCUUCCAUAGUGCGCCGAGGCCACCAGGACACUGCCAGCAAGGAAGGCCCACCAGAGGCCGAAUGGGCUCCGUGGACCGUCGGGAUGUGGGGAGGGGAUUUAUGAAACUCGGUGCUCUUCCUGGAGGUGGACUGUCCCUUGCAAUAGGAUCUACAAGACUGGCCAACAUUGUAAGAAGAGUUCCUUUUUUUUAUAAAGAUACCUCCCUCAAACAUUUCUUUUCUGGCUUUAUUUACUCCUGCAAAGUGUCUGGCUUGGUUCCUGUGUGCACAGAGUUUCUCUUUUUUUGGAAUAUCCUUCAGUGAGUUAAAGGGCUCUGCACCCAGGACAACCACUUGUUCCAGAGAAAUCCGUAGGUAUCAUUACAGACCAAGCCUGUUGCUUCAACACAGAACCGUUUUCUAGCUCCUGUUUCUUGGUCAUGCUACAGUCUGACGUAAUGGUGGGAGGGUGGGGUGGGAGGCCGUGAAUUAGCAUUCCGUAUAUAAUGCGAUAAGUUUAUUGAAUGUUCAAGAUACUUCUAUAUAUCGGCAUUAAUGCAGCUUGUGUGGUCGACUGUUUCCCCCUCUGCUAGAAUUAUAUCCUUAGAUUUGCAAAGCAUGGAUGUACGCUCAGGAUAUCCACAGUGGAAAAGGAGCUCAGCUGUGCUUGAUGAGCCCAAGGACCCAACUCUUACAGGAACCGAUCUUUGCAAGGUUCCCAGUGAAACUGUUCAGCAACCUGAAGUCCGUUUGUUACCAUCUUUCCACUUCUGCCAUAGGUCCAGAUGCAGAAGUGUGUAUUGUGUGCUUUGCUGUGCGGGGGAGCCCAGCCCCCAUUUCCCCUUGCCCAGAGAACCUGUUCAGCUCUUCCUUCUACUGUUUGUCCAAGGAAGGGAGCCGGUCUUUCCCUUUAUAUCGGGGACGGCAGCAGUCUGGGAAGGGGGGAAAGCACUCCUGAUUUGCGCCGUGUUCGUGUGAACGAACGGAUCAGAGGGAAGGGUGUUUAAAGGACAAAUCCAUCCCCUUCUGUCAGCAAUACGAGUGUAACAGUCAACGCUGGCCUGGGGCUUGCUGAGCUGAUGGCACGUCUGACGUAGCUAUGAGAGAAUCUCUGUGUCUGUGUUUUUCGAGCUGCGCAAGCAGCAGAUACACAUCAAGACCUCCAAGCUUUGGGACUUUAUCCUGAUCCAGAGAUGAGGUCAGGCAGUGGGAAUCUCCAUCCAGGAGAUUCCAAAAUCUUUCCUUUCUCCAGAAAUGGAGUCUAUUCAAGGGCUUGUAUUUAUUCUGUAGAUUACUGCAAUAGUAGUUUGGCACUGAUAGUAACCUUAACUUGCCUUACUGAGCAUGUGGCUGUCUCCCCUACCUGUUUACCCUGCCCUUUCUCCAAGGAGUUCCGUGCAUCUUAAAUGGCUCUUCUCCAGCCUUAUUUUAUCUGUACACAACAAUCCUGUGAGGUAGGUGAGGCUAAAAUGAAAGACAGUGACUGGCCCAGAGUUGCCCAUAAUUUGAACUUGGCUCUCCCUUCUGUUAGUCUAACUCACGUAACCUCACUACGCUGUGUUCAGUGUUAGAAUGUACCGAUGUUAUCCAGCAUGGCUUUGCCUUUGGAAUGUACUUCCAAAAAAAAAUUCUGUUGACUUUGCAUGUGUCAGAGAUCCAGAGGAGCUAGUCGUGUUAGUCUGUAGUUGCAAAAUAGCAGAGUCCAGUAGCACCUUUAA